UCAAGAGAGAGAGAGAGCAAAGGUGGGAAAUUUGAAGGAGAAAGAAAGAAAAGGUUGAAGCUUUAGCUUUGUAAAGACCCAAAGAGAGAGAGAGAGAGUGGUAUUGAGCUUUUGCUUUUGAAAAGAGAGAAGCUUUUGUAGAGGAGGAAUGGAGGGAAGCAGUAAGAGUGGCACGGUGGUGGUGGUGGCGGCCAAUGAGAGAAAGCCAAGUGGCGGAAUCCGGAUUGGGAAUCCGUUUACUUUGAAAGUGGGUCAAGUAUUUACUGGCUUUGGCAUCGGCUGCGGUGUUGGUAUCGGCGUUGGCCGCCCCAUUAAUUUAGGUGCAGUACCAGUAGUCAAUCAAGUCAUGGGUGCUACAAGAGGCGCCACUGAUGCUUUUUCUGGCGUUAGCAGACAUGUAACUGACGCCUUGAGGAAGGUGGGAGCAAAGAACAUAGAAGCUGGCAUUGGAUGUGGUGUUGGUUUUGGACAUGGUUUUGGAGUUGGCCUUGCUCUGAAGCCAGGGAUUUUGCAACAAAUUCAAUUUUUAGCUGUACAAACAAUGACAAAAAUGAUGACAAAAUUUGGAAUUGCUCCCAAUUCACCAAUCCUUCAAGGUGCCGUUCCAAGUUCAUUGCAAAGUGGCAUUGGCAUUAUGAAUGAUUCAUCAAGCCAAAAUUCAGUCGGAAAUAUCAUGCAGAUGGCAACAAAACCACCAGACUAUGCAACUCAAGGCUUGCCUGGAUAUGGAAAUAAGGGUACAGGUUCAACUUAUGAUAAUUUUCCAUCAACAAGCUCUCCAGUUGAUACACCUUUUGGCAGUCGAACGGAGAAGGUUCUCAGCAGUUUUUUACAGAGUCCAGUUUUGAAGGGAGAGGAAAGUGAAGUGGCUGGACGCUUGAGCUCGGAGAAUAAAAUCCUUCAAAUGGUAUUGAAACACCAGCAAGUCAUUGACGAGCUCACGGAGGAGAAUGAGAAGCUUCGCCAUAUACUAGUGGAAGACCUGAAAGUACCACCUAGCAAGCUGCAAGCACAUUAUACAAGUAAAAUCAAAUAUCCAUGUUCAGAUUGCUUUGAAUGUCGAAGAAAACAAAGGAGAAGAUAGGUGAAUUAUCAGGGUUCUGUGCCUUGUUCAAAAGAUAUUAACUUUGAUACCCCUUCACUGGAGUUCAGACCUUGGUCAGCGUUCAAGGAGCAUCAUCUAGGUUCAAGGGUUACAAACCAAUUAAAGAGAUUAUACAAGUAGAAUCUCCAUCACCUACAAACCAGUUGAUGUGCAGUGGUUAGAUUCCAAGGUGGAACUAGCCGUCUUCUCAUUAUCAAGCUCUGUGCUGAACAUCUUACUUUACAUUCUACACGUUUGUGAAGCAAUCAUUUCUUGGGCAAAUUUGACUUGAGUUUUCAUUUUCCCUUAUCGGUAACACUUUGUUAUAUUUCUAGUUCCAAAUUUAGCGGAUCAUGUAAUUGUACCAAAUUGUUGAUUUAGCAGUAUGCUCCUUUAGUGCAGUCCUCAAUCAUAUGUAACACUGUAAUGUAAUUGACAAGUGCUAUAUUGGGUUUCUUUUCUGAAUCAAAAUUAGCUACUUAUACUGUGAA